AUGAGGAAUUCUAAAGAGGUGUGGACAUAUCUCCAAAAAAUGGAUGAGGGACACAAAGGAGUAAAAGGAGAAGCCGGAGAGCCUGGUAAACAAGGACAUAAGGGUGUGGAGGGAGAUCAGGGGGGCCCUGGAGAGGUUGGAUCAAGGUUCAUCUGUACGUCCAAUCAAUGUGGUCCACAGGGAAUUCGAGGUGCCACUGGAAUUAUGGGCUCUAAAGGAGAAAUGGGGCCUCGAGAUGUUGAUGGUGACCUGGGACCUCAGGGUGUUGCAUGGGCCAUGUUAAGUUCUCUAAAAACUUCCUGUGCUGGGGAUCGAAGCCAGAGGGGCAUGAUGGAAGAAACUGGCCCUAAAGUUGAACAGGGACCUCAAGAGCAGAGAGGCAUCACCGGUCUUCCAGGCCCAAACAGAGAUAGCGGUUUGCCAGGUGUGGAUGGACAUAAGGGAAUCGCUGGCAUGCCAGGCACUAAGGGAGAAACCGGAAGCACUGAAAAGACUGAAACCCCAGGGGAGAUUGGCCUUCAAGGACUUCCUGGUUUACCAGGAAGCCCAGGGGCAAAAGGUGCAUCUGGAGAAAAGGGUAAUGCUGGACAACCAGGCCUCAUUGGCACUAUGGGAUCUAUAGGCAUACAGGGUGAGCGAGGACAACGAGGAGAGCUUGGGCCCGCUGGGCCUAUUGGACAACCGGGAGACAGAGAAGAGCAGGGGCCACCUGGACCAAUGGGAAAACCAGGAGCUAGGGGUGCUAAAGGAGACUUGGGUUUGCCUGGGCUUCCUGGAAAACCAGGCAUGCCAGGUGAAAAAGGGGAGAGGGGUGAAGCAGGUGAACUGGGACCAAAGGGAGAACAGGGAUAUCAAGGCACAGAGAGAACACCAGGAGACAAGGGAGAUGUUGGUGACCCUGGCCAAGCUGGAGCUAAAGGUGAAGUUGGUAACCAGGGGGAGCCGGAUAAGAUAGGCCCUAAAAGUGCCCGUGGGCAGCCUGGCAUCGAGGGGCCUCCUGGUAGUCCUGGACCAGGUGGCAUGCAAGGGAACAGAGGGGCACCCAGACCUCGUGGCACCCAAGGGCCAGCUGGUAAAGAUCCAAGCGUUCAAAACAUCAGACAAGUCUGCAUGCGCAUGAUGCAAGAACAGCUGGCCCAGUUGGCUGCCAGUCUGAGGAAACCAGAGUCUGGUGCGGCCGAACUGCCUGGCAGGCCUGAUCCCCCUGGUCCUCCAGGACCUCCAGGUGAAAACAGCUUCCCUGGGCAAGCUGGUGCAAGAGGACUCCCCGGACUCAAAGGGCCUCCAGGCCUCCUGGGUCUCAAAGGGCCAAAAGGUGAGAUGGGAGACAGAGGGGAUAUAGGACCUACAGUUCGAGGACCCAAAGGCAUGCCAGGACCUCCUGGCUUACCAGGUGAACCAGGAAAACUGGGAUAUGGUAAUGACAGGCAUGAUGGGGAGCGGGGUCCACCUGGUGUCCCGGGACAGCCUGGCAUCCCUGGCUCUCCUGGUCCAGCCGGCCCUCCUGGUUACCGCGAUCCUUCAGCCUGUAAUCUCAGUGCAGGUGCCGCACAUCAGUCUCUUAAAGUCUCUAGCAUGAAGGGACCAGGCGGUAACUACAACUGCAAUGUUGGAACAUCAGUAUCGUGUGGAUUCAAAUAG